AUGGCAGCCCCGUCUCGGUUGGAAAUACUCAACUCUAAACCCAUAGGAGAGGGAUUGAGCAGCGUCCGCAAUUCGUUUAAUACCCUAAGUAGGGACUUGAACGUAUCCGACAAAAAACUGAAAGACCUAGCCGUCCAUCUCAUCACAGCAUUGCAAGGUCUACCAGUUGCCCGAUCACUCCCGUCCGUCGCAGGCCGAGGGACUCUUCGCAGUGAUCUAUUGCGACUUGAACUCUCGACGGAAGCUGACAACUUUGACAUUGAACGCAUUAAACCACUUCUUCGAGCAGUCCUCGAAAACGAACCUGAUGAAGUCGUCUGGAACAGAGUCUACGACGCCGUCACCGAAUCGACGCCUCCACCCCGCCCUACCUCGUCCUUCCAACAAACGCCCCUGUCCAUCAACACAGGCAGCUUCGCGAACUCGACCGAGCACCGCAAACACGUAGAUGAUGUGCUGAAGGAGGAGCUGGGAUACCUGUACGUUGGCAUACCUGGUUUCUUCAAGGCGUUUUUCGAAGACGUGCCAGGGCUAAGACCGGCGGCAGAGGCCGUGUUCAAGAAGUGCAAGGAGGGGGAAAGCCCGCUCUAUCAGGUGGAGAGCGGCUGGCAGGGCUGGCCUGAAGGGGCAAAGGAAAAGGACGUUCUGAGCUGGUUCGCGCCGCUUAUAGACCAGCUUCUGGACUUUGCGGAAGAGCAUAUGUCGGGAUCCCGUGGUCGACGGCGACCGUUGGCACAGCCCCAUCGACCCUUGCAAGGCUCCGCUGCCGAUCGCAAGCUGGAUAUUGGCUUUGUGGACGAUCCGAAUGCCGGCGUGGACUCGAAGUGCCGCUGGUCACAGAUCCUCAUACCUGGAGAGCUCAAGAGCAACCCGCUGGCCGACAAAGCGUCCAAGGCGUGGCUUGACCUCGGCCGAUACGCGAGGGAGGUGCUCGCUGCUCAAGACAGCCGCCGCUUCGUUCUUGGCUUCACUCUCUGUGGACCCUUUAUGCGGCUGUGGGAGUUUGACCGACUUGGAGGCAUCGCCUCCGAGCAAUUCGACGUCAAUGAAGAUGGACUGCAGUUUGUGUCUGCAAUGCUUGGGUUUCUUUGGAUGAAUGAGGAGCAGCUGGGGUUCGACCCGACGAUCAUUACAGUUGGAGACAAGCGGUACAUUGAGAUCGAGCGGGACAAUGGCAAAGAGCGCCUCGUCAUUGACAGGGUCAUAAAGAGGGUGCCUUGCGUCGCUGGUCGAGCAACAACCUGCUGGAAAGUUUAUCAAGAAGAAGAUCCUGGCACGCCGCUCGUUGUCAAGGAUUCAUGGCAGUAUCCGGAGCGCGAAGAGGAAGGCGAACUGCUACGCGCGGCGACUGAGAAGGGGGUGGUGAACGUUGCAAGGUACUUCCACCACGAGACGGUUCGUGUAGGUGGUCAAGAUGACGACAUCCGCGCAAACGUACGGAAAGGCCUGGACGUAACGAAGGCGACGAACUACAAGCCAGAGAAAGCGAUGCUGCCACCGAGCACGACCGGACGCCGGACCUCGCGAAGGGAUGGAAGCAACAACCUCAUCGGGCGAAAACGAUCCUCGAGUUGUACAGACGCACCUUUGCCGCCUAGCAAGCGCACUUGCUCGAGCUCUCCAGUGAAACGUGCUGUCUCGAAUCGGGUACACCGCCGUGUCAUCGUCAGCGACUACGGGAAGGCUAUCUACAAAGCAAGCUCCCAGAUCAGUCUGCUGGCUGCAUUCGAACAAUGUAUCGAAGGGUAUGAGUCGUUGCAUACACGAGCAGGCAUGCUUCAACGCGACAUAUCGCUAAACAAUCUCAUGGUGAACGAAGAUAACGAUAACCCUUCCUGGCCCGCGUUUUUGAUCGAUCUCGAUCUUGCCAUCAAAGAACAGCGCGAAAAGUCUUCAGGCGCUCGGGGUAAGACUGGUACCAGAGCAUUCAUGGCAAUCGGGGUUCUUUUAGACGACGAACAACACUCCUACAUGCACGAUCUUGAAUCUUUUUUCUGGGUGCUAUUCUGGAUAUGCAUUCAUUAUGAUGGUCCGCAGGAAGCGAGGAUCGUUCCACGGUUCGAUAAAUGGAACUACCUCGAUUCAGAAGAGUUAGCUGGCGCAAAAAAAGGCGUCGUGGAUGAUGAACGAGACUUUCUCAAAACAGCCCAGACCAACUUUACGCCAUAUUACCAGCCAUUACUCCCAUCUGUUAAUAAGCUUCGGAGGAAAGUAUUUCCUAAUGGUGAGAGAUGGAGGUCUCCCAACCCACAGCUGUACCUUGAUAUGAAGCAGAUCCUCCAGGUGGCUCAGAAUGAGCUGAAAGAAACGAAUGGAUGUGCCUAG